AUUGCUGAGUCAUGUGCUUCAAGAUAAUUAAAUAAUUUUCUUAACAUAUAGCCUAUGUGAUAAAAUAAUUUCAAAAACCUUGUUUCCCCCCAUAUUUUGGGCAUGUAAAGGGAAUUAUUACACAAUUACGCAAUCUACGCAUAGCACGUAAGCACAUCUGCUCAGAGAAACUACCAAAAGAAAAAAAACACCUGAAGGUGUGGUUUCUCUGGAAUUAUUUAGGAAGUUUCUGAAGUCUGAUUCAAUUUAACGAAUCGAUUCGUUUGAACAUUUUACUGAUUAUUUUGAAUCGUUAUUCAAAAGUGUCCCCAGAAGUCAAAGUUUGCGUUUAUUUUUGUUUUUAUGCUGUACUAUACCACUAUGUUUUCGAUUGGGUUAUAUCGUGUCAAAUGUAGUUUGUUUCACAUCUCUGCAGUCGAAUCGGUUCGUAUGAAUCAUUGAACGCAAGCGAUUCUGAAGAAGAAUUCGUUUGCGACUCGGACAUCACUUUUUAUUUGCCAAGGCGACUACUAUUGGAGAGUCUGGUGUACUUCGUGCGUAAAGACUGUUAUUACGCGGCAUUGGAAUUAGGGAUUGGACACCCAAGUACAGAGACAGCACUCUUCAUGAACAUUAUAAAGGAAGCAGACACUUGAAACUGCCGAGAGAGGAACAUUUUGACAUUUUGUUGCAUGACGCUUUCAUACACAAAUCUUGACUCAUAGGGAUUCAUCAGUCAGUCCGCUGAUGAUGAGGAUGAUGAUGGUCAAGAGAGAAUGACAGCUCCCAUGUUUACAUCGGAAACUCCUCGGCUCAACACCACCCAAAUACAAUGUUACAACCAGACAUGUAGGGAUUGCGAAGACUUCAAAUAUUUGGCAUACACCAUCACGUACAGUGUCGUAUUCCCUAUUGGAUUCAUCAGCAACUUCGUGGCAUUGUUUGUGUUCCUGCGUAUCGACUCUUCUAAGAAGACUGCUAACACUGUUUUUAUGACUAACUUGGCCAUUUCAGAUGCUGGCUUCUCCCUGACAUUGCCCUUCCGCCUGGUCUACUACUUUAGGGAUGGUCAUUGGGAUUUCCCAGACUGGUUUUGCCGCUUAUGUGUAUUUUCCUUUUACCUGAACCUAUACACAAGCGUAUUGUUUCUUACAGGCCUCAGUGUACUACGGUUCAUCGCCGUUGUUCACCCCAUUCGCAACAAGGCCCUGGCGACUGUGCGGCGGGCCAGUAUAUCGUGCUUUGUGAUCUGGAUAUUUGUGGCCUUCUUGUCAACGCCGUUCCUCAUGUCAGGCACUUGCGAACGGGAGGGAAAGAUACGCUGCUUUGAACCUGCGAAUCUCAAGUCAUGGGAGCGCAUAUCUCACUUAAAUUAUGUGGGGGUUUCACUUGGAUUUGUCAUUCCGUUUAUUACAAUACUGGUCUGCUACGGCUGCAUCAUCUACAAACUCGCCAACGGAAAGAAAAUCGGGAAUGGAAAGGGUAACAGUCGCCGACGUGCUUUGUAUUUGAUCGCGGUUGUCCUGAGCACGUUCCUGCUGUGUUUCCUACCAUACCAUGUCAUUCGCACACUCCAUCUUAAUGCCAUUGUUACAAAAAAGGACGACCAAGUCAAAGAGUACCUCCUGAAAUUUCUGGUCAUCUCGCUGUGCACGGCAGCAUCCAACAGUUGCUUCAAUCCCUUGUUAUACUACUUUGCGGGAGAGACCUUCCGCACGACAAUCCGUAGAAUGUCAGGUCGAGGAACGUUCAGUUCGUUCAAUCACAGUGGUUUCUACACAUCUUUUCGACGCCGGAGCCGAUCCGAAACUCAUCAGAUGACGAGACAACAAAGCUUCACUGCCGUACGCCAAGCCUGUCUGCCAUGCUCCCUAGACAGCUCCUGUCAGGUCAUAAGCAAAAAGAAGCCUGAUGCCUGCGUGUCUGAAAAGCAACGCAAACUUUCUGACUCUGCAGAAAAGCAUUGAUGACUGACAAAGGAAAGUCUAUACUGAUUUGCAGUAGUAAAGGACAAGAGGAAGAAAUCAGGAUGUAAAGAAUAGAUGUCUGUAUUGUUGUCUUGAAUAAGCGAACUCAAAGCUCUUUUUUUCUCUCACUUCUCUAAAAUGUUUAAAGAUGUUGGCCGUUAGAUAAGUGUAGGUGAAUCUCACACAACCUCAAGAAUGGGUCCUAUUUUGACUAUGCAUUUGGCAGAUCCUUUGAUCCCAAGCAACUUACAUCAAAUUCAAGCAAUACAUUUUGCAGGUUCAUGCAUUCCUUGAGAAUCAAACCCUGCAUGCGCUACUGUUUGAGCUACAGGAACAUUGGGGCAAACUGCAUCCUGGACAUGUUCUUGUUCAAUUCAUUCAGGUACUCUCUUAAAAUUAAAGGUCCCAAAGGGGGGUUGUCAUAGCCGUGCCAGAACCACAUUCAGUGAACAGUUCUUCAAAGAACUUUUUUUCCUCAUUUUAACAAUCUAAAGAACCUUUUCCCACUCUAAAUCACCUUUUGAUUAAUGGAAAGGUUCCAUGGAUUUUAAAGGUUCUUCCAUAGAUGCAUAGAGGAACACAGAAACUGUAGCUGUUGUCAAAGAUGUCGUUUAUUAAAAAUAGGAUGUGCAAAAAAAAAAAAAAAAAGUUAAAUAAAACAGAUGUUAAGAGCAUGAUUAAAACAAAGGUUAUUAAUGAAAAACAGAACUGCUAGGUACUAAAUACAGCACCAACUCCCCUUCAUAAAAAAUUGAGGCUGGAGUUUACCACACUCAAGCAGCACUAACAAUAACCUUGUUCAUCACUCACUAAACUCAAUUCAUCCAUUAGCGCUCCUUUCUACUAGUGACAGCAGCUGUACAUACAUAUUUUUCCUGUGCUUACUUAAUUGGAACAUACCACUUUCAAUGAAAUUACCCCUUUACUGUAUAUUUUAAUACAUACAUAAAAAGAUUAAAGGGAUAGUUCACUCAAAAAUGCAAAUUAUGUCAUAUUUUACUCAUCCUCAAUUUGUUUCAAACCUGUAUUGUUCUGCUGAACACAAA